UAGUGUUACUGCUUCACUCCUCUGCUCCACCAAACUAUACAACGUACACAGGAAGAAAGAAAAAAAGAAGAGGUUCAAUGGGAAAUUAUAAAUCAAGACCAACUCAGACAUGUACAGAUGAGUGGAAGAAGAAGGUGAGCGAGUCAUACUCUGUGAUCAUCGAGAGGCUGGAGGAUGACCUACGCAUCAAAGACAGCGAGCUGACAGACCUCAAACAGGUCUUCAGCUCUGAUGAAGCUGUCCAGAAAGUGAACUUGAAUUACCGGACAGAGAGCGGACUGUCCCUGUUGCAUCUCUGCUGCAUGUGUGGCGGGAAUAAAGUCCACAUAAGGACUCUGAUGCUGAAAGGCCUACGUCCAUCCAGGCUUACCAGGAAUGGGUUCACUGCUCUACACCUGGCUGUCUAUAAGGACAAUGCGGAGCUGGUGACGGCAAUGCUCCACGGAGGGGCAGACAUCCAGCAGGUUGGGUACGGUGCCCUCACAGCCCUGCAUAUCGCCACCAUCGCUGGGCACCAUGAGGCAGUGGAUAUCCUUCUCCAGCAUGGAGCCUAUGUCAACGUCCAGGAUGCUGUGUUCUUUACUCCUCUGCAUAUUGCUGCUUACUAUGGCCAUGACCAGGUGGCUAAGCUGUUGUUGAAGUUUGGGGCGGAUGUAAAUGUGAGUGGGGAGGUGGGAGACAGACCGUUACACCUGGCAGCCGCCAAGGGCUUCCUCAGCGUCGUAAAACUGCUGCUGGCAGAGGGGAGCAAGACUGAAGUGAAUGCUCAGGACAAUGAGGACCACGUCCCACUCCACUUCUGUGCCCGUUUCGGUCACCAUGAAGUGGUCCACUUCCUGUUGCAGGGCAACUUUGAGCUACAGCCUCACUCUGUCAACAUCUACGGAGACACCCCUCUCCACCUGGCCUGCUACAAUGGAAAGUUUGAGGUGGUGAAGGAGAUAGUGCAGCUGUCAGGCACAGAGAGUCUGUCCAAGGAGAACAUAUUUAGCGAGACCGCCUUUCACAGUGCCUGCACCUAUGGGAAGAGUCUGGAGAUGGUCAAGUUCCUGCUCGGUCAGAACACCAUGAGCAUCAACCAUCAGGGCAGAGACGGACACACAGGUCUGCACAGUGCAUGUUUCCACGGCCACAUACGUCUGGUCCAGUUCCUAUUGGACAGCGGGGCUGACAUGAACCUGGUGGCCUGUGACCCCAGCCGGUCCAGUGGGGAGAAGGAGGAGCAGACCUGCCUCAUGUGGGCCUAUGAGAAAGGUCAUGAUACCAUCGUCACUCUGCUCAAACACUACAAGCGUCCCCUGGAUGACUCCCCGUGUAACGAGUACUCUCAGCCUGGCGGAGAUGGGUCCUACGUGUCUGUGCCGUCCCCACUGGGCAAGAUCAAAAGCAUGACCAAAGAAAAGGCAGAUGUUCUCCUCCUCCGGGCCAGCCUCCACUCAAGCUUCCAACUGCAGCUCUCUGACCUGGAGUUCAAUGAGAUCAUUGGUUCAGGCUCAUUUGGAAAGGUCUAUAGAGGCAAGUGUAAGAACAAGGUCGUUGCCAUCAAAAGGUAUCGGGCCAACACGUACUGCUCCAAGUCAGACGUGGACAUGUUCUGCAGGGAGGUGUCCAUCCUGUGUCGUCUCAACCACCCCUGUGUCAUCCAGUUUGUGGGGGCAUGUCUGGAUGACCCCAGCCAGUUCGCCAUAGCCACCCAAUAUGUCUCCGGGGGCUCCCUGUUCUCCCUGCUGCACGAGCAGAAGAGGAUCAUCGAUCUGCAGUCCAAGCUCAUCAUCGCCAUCGACGUGGCCAAGGGCAUGGAGUACCUGCACAACCUCACUCAGCCCAUCAUCCACAGGGACCUCAACAGUCACAACAUUCUACUCUAUGAGGACGGGCAUGCUGUGGUGGCUGAUUUUGGAGAAUCCAGAUUUCUGUUAUCCGAGGUUGUGGACAAUAUGACCAAGCAGCCAGGGAACCUGCGCUGGAUGGCCCCAGAGAUAUUCACCCAGUGUACACGCUAUACUGUCAAGGCCGACAUGUUCAGCUAUGCCCUGUGUCUGUGGGAGCUGCUCACUGGAGAGAUCCCCUUUGCCCACCUGAAACCUGCUGCAGCAGCUGCAGACAUGGCCUACCAUCACAUCCGGCCUCCUAUUGGCUACUCCAUACCCAAACCCAUCUCUGCCAUGCUAAUGAGGGGCUGGAAUGUCUGUCCAGAGGAUAGACCUGAGUUCUCUGAGGUGCUGGCCACACUAGAGGAAUGCCUAUGCAAUGUGGAGUUGAUGUCCCCAGCCUCCAGUAACAGCAGUGGGUCCCUGUCCCCCUCUGGCUCGUCUGACAGCCUGGCGAGGGGCAGUCCUGGUCGAAGUCACGUGGCCGCCCUCCGUUCCCGCUUUGAACUGGAGUACGCCCUCAACGCCCGUGCCUACGCAGUCUGGACUCAGAGCGAGGGACGACGAGAUUCCCAAGGUCCGUCUCUGGAUGAACUGAGGAGGAAUAUGCAGUUUCCACCUAUUGACCGAAAUGGGUAUGUGUCAGACCCUAUGAGCACCAUGCGCUUCCACUCCAACUGCAGCAGCAACGGCAGCUUUGAAGACAACUAACAUAGAUGGGAAGUCUUCCAGCUCUACUAUGCACUAUUACUGUAGUUCAUGAAGCCACAGCCUUAUUUCUGAGUUUAUCACAUAGACAUAUUGGUUGAUCGAGUCUUGAGUAUAAGCUAUAUAUAUAUAUCGUUAUGUGUAUUUCCUAAAGCUAUUUACUACUUUCUGUGUUUAUGGUGUUGAACUGUUUGAAUAGAUUUGUGUGGUUUUUAUAUCUGGUAAGUAUUUUUUGGAUACGAGGCAUUUUGGGGGUUUCGAAAAUGUUUCAUAUUAUACCACCUGUAUAGUCUAUUCUUAAAAACAUCUUCAAGCGUCAGAAUGCUUAGGAAAUUUGUGCUUUUUAUUUUCAAUAAAAUAGAGAAAUCAUUGAGUUUCAUUCUAUAGGAUUUUACAGUGAUAAACAAGAUGAAUCCUAACCAAACAAAACUAAAUACAGGAUUCAUAAUGAAUGGCAUAUGAAUAAAUAAAUUAUACAAGAAUAUUUAGAAGUAGAGGUAUUAGGCUGCAUUUACACAGGAAACCCAAUUGAUAUUUUGCCCAAAAUGACUUUAUGUUACAACCAUACUAAAAAAAGGUUUAUUAAACUU